GCAUGGGAGGCGUGCUCUGAGGCGCCGGGCUCACUCCCGCCCCUGGCCUGGUGGGAAGGGGUGAAAAUGGCGGCGGCCGGCGCCGUGGCUACUCGGCUGCUCCUGCUCCUGCUGAUGGCGGCAGCAGCCCCCAGCCGCGCGCGGGGCAGCGGCUGCCGGUCCGGGACCGCUCUGCGGGGGGCGGGGGCAGAAGGUCGAGAGGGUGAGGGCUGUGGCACCGUGGGGCUGCUGCUGGAGCACUCAUUUGAGAUCGAUGACAGCGCCCACUUUCGGAAGCGGGGCUCACUGCUCUGGAACCAGCAGGAUGGCACUUUGUCCCUGUCACAGCGGCAGCUCAAUGAGGAGGAGCGGGGCCGGCUCCGGGAUGUGGCGGCCUUGAAUGGCUUGUACCGUGUCCGGGUCCCUCAGCGCCCUGGGGCCCCUGAUGGCCCAGAAGCCGGUGGCUACGUCUCCUCCUUUGUCCCCGCGUGCUCCCUGGUAGAGUCGCACCUGUCGGACCAGCUGACGCUGCACGUGGAUGUGGCUGGCAACGUGGUGGGUGUGUCGGUGGUGACACACCCCGGGGGCUGCAGGGGCCACGAAGUAGAAGAUGUGGAUCUGGAGCUGUUUAACACUUCUGUGCAGCUACAGCCACCAGCCACCGCCCCAGGUCCCGAGACAGCUGCCUUCAUUGAGCGCCUGGAGAUGGAACAGGCCCAGAAGGCCAAGAACCCCCAGGAACAGAAGUCCUUUUUCGCCAAAUACUGGAUGUACAUCAUUCCCGUCGUCCUGUUCCUCAUGAUGUCAGGAGCGCCGGACGCCGGGGGCCAGGGAGGGGGCGGCGGCGGGGGUGGUGGGGGGGGCAGUGGCCGCUGAGGGGCCUGUCAGCACCCUGGUCCCCUGUCAUCCAGGCACCUCCCUUCUUGCCCAGAGUGCCCGUGUCCUUGGUUGUCUGAAGGAGGAUUUGCCAGCCCAUCCCGUGUCCGUCCCGUGAGGAUGGGAGGACGUCCCCUCCCCAGGAGUCCUUUCCCUCUGCUUGCUGUUUCUGCGGCUGGAGGCUACCUUCUGGUGCGCUCCGCCUUCCCCUGUGGCCCCUCUGCAGCCGCAAAGGCUUCCCGUGCCCGCAGCGCGGAGCUUGAGCUUCUGGGCCAGCUCUGACCUUGUGUUUGUCCCCCCCCCGUUUCCGCCCCGAGCCUCACAGUUUGGGAACAUGCCGAGUUCUCUCCAGCCUCUGUGCCUUUGUUCGUAGUCUUCUCGUCCUGCCUGUCCCAGGCCGGGCUAGACAGUCCCCCUAACUUGUCUGACACUGGAUUGGGCCAUGUGCUUCCCACCUGUCUGCCCUGAGGGGCCUGGCGCAGAGCAGGUGUGGGCUGGCCAGGGGUCCCCCCCCCCCCCCCCAGGCUCCGUUCCUCCCAGCAGCCCCGCCUUGGGAUCCUUCCCUGGCCUUUAUCUGCCCAUGGCCCUGAGCAGUUUAGGCUGCUUUGUCAGGAUGCCAGGCCUUCGGAAGCUUUGGGGCAUGAAGAAAUUAUGUUAGAAGUGAAAACAAAACUAAUACUUAGUGGAGUCGAAGGCCGGAUGAUGUAAAUAGAACCCGUUUCCCUGUCCGGAAUGUCUUCCCUGUCUGCGCACUGGGAGGCCACUGCCUGGCUUUGCUAUUGAUCACCCCCCUCCCUUUGUCUAUUUAAAAACAUUCAAAAGUAUAUUGAAACACAUCAGAGUAAAAAACAACUCAGCAGCCGAAUGCAACCGUCGAUUUGGUUCCGAGGAAAUCCCAGUGCCCAGGCUUUACUGAGUUUCCGCCGUUCACUGUACGUUAUUAUUCAGAAACACACACGAGUGGCUCGCAGGGCCGCCGUAAUGGCCGUGCAACGCUCCACGGUGUCGUAUGGCUGUGGAUUAAACUGUUCCCCAAAUGUUCCACAUGUAGCUUCCUGCUCGGUGUGGUUAAUAAAUAGCAGUGUUAUCCAGGC